UAAGAUUGAGAUUGAGCUUUGGUAUGGCUAUGGCUAUUGCUAUAGCUAUGGCUAUGGCUAUGGUUAUGGCUAUGGCUAUGGUUAUUAAAUUACAACUAAGUAUACUGAGUGCAUAACUUGCAAUAUAUGCCCUAAGUAAAAUAGAUUAGCCGCACAGUAGUGUCCCAAAAGGUAAACAACGCCAUUUCCGUUUUGUUUGCAGUUUGGUGUUUACAUUUUAUGACGCUACUUUUUUUUUCGACCUGAUAAACCACAAAUGCUUUAACCAGCGAGAGUAUUGUGCACUAGUAAAUAUAAAUUAGUUAUUUUAGUACUAAAUAUAUAUUUGAUAUUUAUAGUGAAUAAUAUAAUUGUAAUUCGAUGUCAUCCGAUACUCCGCCAAAGGAAGAUAUUCGAAAUCAAUUAUCUGAUUUUCAACGUCGAUUAUUUCAUAAGAAAUCUCAAACGUCUUUAAAAUCAGAUCAUAGUAAUGAUAAAUUAGAUGAUAUUGAACAAGAUCAAGAAAAUGUUUCAUUAACAUUACCAUUACCCAAUAAAAAAUUGGGAGGAAGUAAUAAAAUUAAUAAUAAUAAACUGGGAUUACAUUUACAACCGGCACCAUUAGUUAUACCUAAUAGACAUAUUAAUUCUGGUUUAGGACCUGAAUCAAAGGGUAAUGAUAUGAAUUUUGUGGUUGGAUUAAGUGAAAAUUUAUUGGGUGAGUGUAGAAGAUUAACUGCCGAAAAUCAAAAGUACAAAUCAAAGUUAAAAGUAUCAACAGAAGAUAAUGAAAUCCUUAAGCGCGAACUUGCUCAAUUAAAGAAUUCACGUUCUAGUCAAUUAAAUAAUGAAAGUGAUUUAAAGGAUAAGAAUUGGCAAUUAGAAGCUAAUCUUUCAAAUCUUAAUGAUCAUGUAAAUUCAUUAACCAGUAGUAAAGAAAAAUUAAUUCUACUUAAUAAUGAAUUACAAUCAAAAUAUAUUGAAGUUCAAAGAGAGAGUGAAUUAUUACUGGUAAAGAAUGAAAAGUUAUCUAAAGAUUUUGAAAUUUUAAAGUCAACGGCUUCAAAGGAAGUUGAAGAACUUAGUAAACGAAUUGAAGAUCUUAAUGAUGAGAAUGAUAGUUUACAUUUAAAAUUAUUAUCAUCAAAUACUCAAUUAAACAUUCCAUCAAUUGCAUCAGGUGAUAUUAGUUCUCCAAUAAAUGAUGAUGAUAAUAAUAAUAAUAAUGAUAAUGAUGAUAAUAAUGAUGAUACUUUAGAUAUUGAUGAAUUACUUCGUUCAACUCAAUCUAAUGCAAUUCCUCCAUUAGAUCCAAAUAAUUCUCAACUUGAAUCAGAAACUUUAAGAGCUACAUUAAAUCAUUCUAAUAGAACCAUUGCUAAAUUAAGAUCAGCUAUUUUAAAGUUAAGAAAGGAAGCUGAAGCUGAAGCUGAAACUGAUGAUAAAAAGAGUCCUGUUAAACUUCUACCAUUAAAUUUAAAGAGUAAAAAGGGUAAAUUAGCUAAUAUAUCUAAUACAUCAAUGAUAUCUCCAUUUAAAACAAGUUCAACUAUUUUAAUAUCUCAUGAUGAUACUUUUUCAACUGAAGAAAAUGAUGAUUGGGAAGAUUUCAUUGGUGAUGGAAUAAAUAUUCAUGGAUCAUCUAAAUCUCCAUCAAGAGCUUUAGCAUCUAAUAGAGUACUUCCAGAUUUAAUUGAUUCAUCAGAAAGUGAAUCUGAAUCUGAACAACAAAUUAGAUCUCCUCAUAAGAAACCUUCAGUAUUAGCUCGAGAAUUAUUAAAUGAUACUAAACCUACUCGAGAUCAACUUGAAGAGUAUGCUCAAACCAAUGAUUUGGUUUUAUUAACUUCCGUUGAAUAUGAAGUAUUGAAUACUAAUAAUAUUAAUUCUAUUGAAGAUCCUCAAAUCAAAGAUAUUGCAAGAAGUAGAGGAUUUAUAGUACUUGAUAAAUAUGAAUAUGAUGAAUUAAUUGAUGAAAAUGUUAUGAAAAGAAAAUUAGAAUCAAAGGGUCUUAUUACUUUACCAAUUGAUGAAGUUCAAGAACUUAAGGCAAAUGCCAAUUCAUAUAUUAAUCCAAGUUUAGAUUAUUUAUCAUCAAAGGUCAAGGCACAUUCUCAUCAAAUUAUUAAGGAUUCUGAAUUAUCAGAAUUGAAUAGAGCUUUAGAUAAUUAUACUCAUCCAUCGGAAUCUUAUUUAAAGAAUAAAUUACCUCAAUUUAAUUUAGUACCUAUUACAAAAGAUGAGUAUAAUAAUUAUCAAACUUUAAUAGUUGAUCAUGAUAAACCUUCUAAACAAUAUUUAACAGAUAAAGCUAAUGAAUUAGGGUUCAUACUUGCAUCUGGAGCAUAUUAUGAUGAAUUAAAGAAUACCACUAAUAAUCCUUCCAUACCAUAUUUAAAGACUAAAUCAGAAGCUUUGGGUCAUACUAUAAUAAAUAAUGAAGAUUAUGAACAAUUAAUAAGAAAAGUAGAUAAUCCAACUAUUAAUGAAGUUAAACUUCAAGCCGAGAAAUUGGAUUUAGUUCCAUUAUCUAAAUCAGAAUAUACUACCCUAUUUAAAAGUGCUAAUGAACCAUCUAUAGAUCAUCUUAAAUCAAAGGCUCAAGGUAAAGGGUAUGACCUUAUUAAACAACCUGAUUUAUUAUCACUUAAUGAGUUAGCCAAUAAUCCAUCUGAAUCUCAUAUCUCAACUAAGGCUGAAUCCUUAGGUUUAAAGGUUAUACCUGAUUCGGAAUAUAAGGAAUUAAAGAAUCCAACGGUAGAUAUACUUGCUGAUAAAGCUAAGGAUUUCAAUCAUACCUUAAUUGCAUCUAAUGAACUUGAACAACUUGAACAAUUAGCAUCUAAUCCUCCAUUACUGCAUAUCACAGCCAUGGCUACUAAAUUAGAUCAUGAAGUCAUGGCUAAGGAUCAAAUGCAAAAAGUUCAUUCACUUGCUUAUUCACCAUCCAUAGAUCAUUUACAAGCCAAGGCUAAUGAAACUGGUCAUAUACUUAUUACUAAUUCUGAUCAUAAACAAUUACUUGCUUUGGCGCAUAGUCCUUCAUUAGAUCAUAUUAAGAAUACAGCUAAUGAUCAUAAUCAUACGGUAGUAGCCAAUAACGAAUAUACCAAAUUGAUAUCCCCCACGGUGGAUGAUCUCAUGGGUCAUGCUCAUAAAUUGGACUAUGAACUUAUCAAGAAACAAGACUUGAACCAAUUGAAUGAACCUAGUAUUGAACAAUUAUCCGAGAAAGCUCACCUCCAUCAGUGUACAGUUAUCCCCUCUUCAGAAAUUGAAUCCUUAAAGAACUUAGCCUACACUCCGCAUGAAGACCAUUUGAAGGAAGUGGCUUCGGAGAGAGGGUAUGACAUUGUAGAUAAACAAGAAUUACAGACAUUGAAGAAGACAGUUGAGGACCAAUCGGAACAAUUGAAUAAGUUACAUGAGACCAUUGAUAAGCCAAGUAAGGAAUUCCUUAUUGAAAGGGCUGGCUCUAUAGGAGCACUUGUAGUGGAUAAACAAGUUCAUAGUUCAUUAGUAGAACAAGCUCAAAGUCCAAGUACUGAAGUAAUUGAUAGAGUAGUGAGUAGUCAAGAUUCCAGUAUAAUUAAGAAUGAGGAAUUGAGUCACUUACGGCAAUUAGCUCAUAAUCCACUGCAAGAUCAUAUUAAGAAUAUGGCUAUUGGAGCUGGAUUAGUGGCAGUAACCAAGGCAGUAUAUGACCAAUUAGAUACUCUGCAUAAUAAUCCAUCCAUUGAGUUCAUAAGAGAAAAGGCCAACAAUCAUAAUCAUACGAUUAUAGAAUCGAAAAUCUUAGAAAGAUUACAAGCCAUUGAAGAUUCUCCGACCCAUGCCUUCCUUACCAAGGCAGCCGAUAAGAAAGAUAUGGUUGUAAUACCUAAUUCGGAAUACUCUCAAUUAAGAUUAGAUGCAAACACUCCAACCAUUGAACAUCUUAAAUCCAAAGCAUCAGCUUUAGGUUAUGAGAUUCUACCAGUAGCUGACUUUAUAUAUCUUGAAGAAAAAGCAGAGAAUCCUCCUAUGGAUCAUAUCCAACAAGUAACUGGUAAACUUGGCUAUGUAUUGGUGGCAGAAGAUGAAUAUAAUGAAGUUUCUCAAACUUAUAAGUCUCCUUCAAUUGAGUAUAUAACUGAUCAUGCUAAUACAUUAGGUAGAAAAGUAUUAACUCAAGCAGAGUAUGAUGAAUUACAUAAUCCAACUGUCUAUCAAAUUAAACAAUAUGGUAAGGCUGCAGGAUUGGUAGUCGUUGAUAAAUCGAAAUAUGAACAACUUGAACAAUUAGCCAAUGAUCCAUCCGUUGAACAUCUUACUCGAUUGGCAUCUAACAAACAGUAUAGUUUAGUACAAGAGAACCAGUAUCAAGAACUUUUGACCUUAGCCAAUGAUCCAAGUAAAGAUCAUAUAACCACUAAGGCACAAGCCAUGGGAUUGUCAGUGAUUGAAACCAAUACUUUAACUCAAUUACGUAAUCCAACCAGGACUCAAGUUGAAAAAUUGGCUAGUAAUUUAGGAGGAAUUGUAGUAAUUGAUGAAUUAGAAUAUAAACAAUUAAAGCAAAAUGUUGAAUUCCCCACCAAGCAAUUCAUACAAGAUCAUUCUAAGAAAUUAGGAUUAUCUUCAGUAACCAAUGAAGAAUAUAUCGCCUUACAUAAUCAGGCACAUGAACCAAGUAAAGAACAUAUAAUGGAAAAGGCAGCUAAAGUGGGAUUAGUAGCUAUACCAAUUCAUAAACAUCAACUGUUAGUAUCAACCAUUGAAACUCCUACUACAGAUUAUUUAAAAUCAAAGGCCUUUGAAUCAGGUCAAGUUCUAUUACCAGUAGAAGAAUAUCGAUCAUUAACUGAAUCUAUUCAAUCACCCACUAAAGAUUAUUUAAUUCAAAAAGUAGGAGAAUUAGGGUCCCUCGUAGUGUUACGAGAUGAAUAUAAUUCCAUGAUAGAAAAUCUCAACCAUCCUUCAUUAGAGUAUCUUAAUGAAUCAGCCAAUAGAUUAGGAUUUGAAUUGAUUGAGAAGAAAGAGUAUAGUAAAUUAAUAUCUGAUUUAAAGGAUUAUGAUACUAUUACUUUAGAUAAGUUACAACAAAUGGCCUUACAUAUUGAUUCAGUAGUCGUUAAUAAGAAGGAAUUCUUACAAUUAAAGAAUACUAUUGAUACACCAUCGUUAGUCUUCUUAAAGGAUCAUAGUCAGAAAUUAGGUCAUACUUUAGUGGCCGAUGGAGAAUAUGAAAAGAUGAUAACUCAAUUACAAGAACCCGAUUUGGAUUUCAUUCGUCAACGGGCUCAGCAACAUCAAUAUGUCGUAGUUAAAACCGAGGAAUAUGAUCAAUUAAAGGAUCCUUCAACUGAUACCAUCAUUCAUCUUGCCGAGAACUCGGGCUUUAAAGUGCUUCCUAAAUCAGAUUAUGAUUCCAUGAUCAACAAUAUCGAAAGUCCCUCUAUUGACUAUUUACAUGACCAUGCCAAUUUGGCUGGUCUUUGUCUUGUCCCAGACUCGGAAUUAUCUCAACUUAAGAGUGAACUUGAAUCACCUUCUGAGUCCUUUAUCCAUCAAAAGGCUAAGUCCUUAGGUUUGGCUACGGUUCCUCAGGAAAAGUUAAAGGAAUUAGAGGAUUUAGCAUAUAACCCAUCUGAAUCUCACUUGACUAAGUUAGCAGCUGGAUUAGGAUUAACUGUAUUGGGUAUUGAAACUUAUAACAAGUUACACACUCCUUCAUUAGACCAUAUCAAACAUCUUGGACAGGCUAAUGAACAUGUGGUUAUACCAACACAAGAGUUUACUGAAUUAAAUAACAAAGCCAAUCGAUCACUCGAAGAUUUGGCACAAGAAGCAGGUAAACAAUUGGUAAUACCUCUGGAAUUUGCUAAUCUUAAACAACAAUUGGAUAAGCCAUCAUUAGAUUAUCUUAAGGAAAAGGCUAGUGUAUUGGAUAUGGAAGUAGUAUCUAAAGAUAAAUUACAAUCAUUCAGAGAAGCUGCCAGUACUCCUAUAGAAAAGCGAGCUAAAGAUUAUAACUUGAAGUUACUUACAGCUGAAGAAUUUAAGACAUUAAAGAAUUCGGCUGAAUCACCUUCUUUAGAACGGAUUGAAACUCGAGCUGCUGGCUUAGGGUAUGCGGUGAUUGCUAAGGAUGAUUUAAAGAAAUUGAAUGAGUAUAAGAAUAAGUCUGUACAAGAAUUAGCUCAAGAAAAUGAUAUGAUAGCGGUACCUCAGACUGAAUGGGAAGAUUUACAGAAUAUAUGUGAAUCUCCUACAUUAGAUCAUAUUCGAGAGAAAGCCGGUAAUCUUGGUCAUGUAGUGGUAGAAGAAGAUGAGUAUUCUCAACUUAAUACUACGGUGACUCUGCCUACUUUAGAUCAUCUUAAUACUCGAGCUGCAGUAUUAGAUCAUACCCUUGUACCUAAUGAUAAGUAUGAUCAAUUGGUAGUCAGUUCAAAAGAGUCCUUGACUGAUAAGGCUCAAAGACAGAAGUGCGUUGUUGUUGCUCAACAGGAAUAUGACGAUCUUCAACAAUCAAAGAAAUCAUACACUGACCAAUUAGCUGCUUCUCAGGGUAAAGUGUUAGUGGACGAACAGGAAUAUAACCACUUGGUAACUCCUGGUAUUGAUGUCUUAACAGCAAAGGCUCAAGACUUGAACCAUUCAGUUGUACCUCAGGAAGAGUUACAAGCAUUAACUGAAAGGAUUAGUCAUUUAGAACAGCUUGAAGAUCGAGCAGCAGAAAGAGGAUUGGCUGUGGUACCUCAAGCAGUGUUGCAGGAAUUAAAGCAAAUGGCUCAAUCGCCUUCAUUAGAAGUGCUUAAGAAGUCAGCUGAAUCCCAUAACCAUAGUCUUAUUGAUACUAACCAAUUGGAACUGUUGAAGGAACCGCUUGAACAGAGAGCUUCAAAGGAAGGGAAGGUUGUCAUUGAUGGUUCUGAGUAUCAAGCCAUUAGUGAGCGAGCUGCUAAUCCAUCUAAAGAACAUUUACAACUGAAGGCUCAAGCCUUAGGUCUUGCCUUAAUUGGAGCAUCUGAAUUGAAGGAGCUUCGCUCGGAGCUUAGUCAACCCUUGGAAGUUAAAGCUACUAAGGAGAAUAAGAUAUUGAUAACUCAUGAUGAUCAUAAGGCCCUUGUGAAUCCAAGCAUUGAACGGAUCAGUGAAUUGGCGUCGGAACACCAUAAAGUAGUCGUUGAUCAAUCGAGUUAUAGUGAAUUGUUAGAGUCUUGUAAAGUACCACUUGAAGAAAGAGCAGCUAAAGAUAAUAAGAUCUUGAUGGAUGUUGAAGAAGUACAACUCUUAAGACAACCUACGAUUGAAACGUUAGAGGCACAUGCUGGUCAAUUGAAUCAUGUGAUUAUACCCAAGGAUACUUUGAAAGAAUUAAACAGUAAAGCCGAAGAAUCUCUUGAAGUAAGAGCCGAACAAGCCGGAGUUAAAUUAUUGAGUGAUAAACAAUAUGAUGAAUUACUUAUUAAGGCCAAUAAGCCCAGUCUUGAAGAAAUCAAACAACGAGCUAAAAGUGCUGACCAUGUGGUAGUACCACUUGAAGAAUAUAAUGAACUUCAAGUAUCACUUGAAGAAAGAGCUCGACAACAGGGCAAAGUGGUUGUAGAAGAAUCCGAAUUCCAACAUCUUAAGGAUAUAGAAACUAUACAAAAUCUGGAAGAAUUUACCUUUGCAGAUGCUGAAGAUUCAUUUGUUAUAAGUGUGGAUGAAUUACGUAUAAGAGCUGAUAAACUUAAUAUGGUGUUAUUGGAUAAGGCAGAAGUUGAAGCGGAUAACUUGAGAGUUCAACAACAAUUGGCAGAAAAGGAACAAGAGAUUUAUAAGCUUCAAGAUAACAAGACUGUAACCAAAGAAUCAUUAGCAGCAUUACUGUCGGAUAUGAAUAUGGUGGUAUUAGAUAAAGAAGAAUAUAAACAAUUAAAGGUUUCAUCCUUAAAGGGUCAAGAUCCCUUAUCGGAUAUUACUGAAGAUCAAUUACGAGGUAAAGCAGAUGAAAUGGGUUAUCAACUUAUACUUGAAGAUACUCUUAAUGAAUUAAAGGCCUUUAGUAAAUCAAUAGAUUCUAAGGAGAAAUUUGUUGAAAUGGGAGAUUCUCGUGGGUUAUUGGUUAUACCUAAAUCUGAAUUUAUAGGUACUACUAAUACUCCAACGGCUACUAAUACUAAUGUGAAAGUUGUACCUUCGAGUUAUUUUAAUCAAUUGGUGAGAUUAAAGGCUUUAUCGAUUGAAAAGGUUCUGGAUGAUGUAUUUAAGAAGUAUGCAGAAAAGAGAGGGUAUUGGCAUAAUGAUCGACCCACUACUCCAUUGGUGGAUGAAUUUGAAUCAUUACGAGAUUUACCAUCGCCUAAUGUGCCACCAAGCAGAUCAUCUCCAUCACCGCAGAUUGAUAAAGCUCACUCUCAAUCACAGUCACAGUCUCAACCACAGUCACAGUCACAGUCACAAUCUCCAAUGGUGCAAUCUGCAUCUGUUCGUAGCCAUUUAUCUCAUUUAUCUCAAGCUCCGAGUGUUAACGAAUCGUUAACUUCUGGUGCCAUCUUUUCAAUGGCAACCAAUGUAUCAUUAACUGAUAAAGCUAUGAUUCCUGCCAUUACUCAAGUAGUUAUUGGAGAAUAUCUAUUUAAAUAUUAUAGAAAAUUGGCUAUAAAUUCGAUUUCAGAAACAAGACAUGAAAGAUACUUUUGGGUUCAUCCUUAUUCUUUAACCCUUUAUUGGUCAGAUUCCAAUCCAGUGUUGGCUAAUCCUUCUCAUUAUAGAACUAGAGCUGCAGCUAUAAUUAAAGUUGAAAGUAUUAAUGAUAAUAAUCCCUUACCAACAGGGUUAUAUCAUAAAAGUAUUAUAGUCUAUUCCACCGAUAGAACCAUUAAAAUCACAUGUCCAACUCGUCAAAGACAUAAUAUUUGGUUUAAUGCUUUAAGAUAUAUGAUUAGUAGAAAUGUGGAUGAAUUAUCGUUUGAUAAUGAUAAUAGUAAAGUGCAUAUUCAAGAGCCAUUUGAAUCCAUAAAGCAAAUGAAUGAUGAUUUAUAUGAGAAUACUGAAAGACAUUCUCAUCCUCGCUAUCUGCAACAUAAGAGAAUAUCUACUCCUUCAAGGUUAAUUAAUAGUCCGUCUAUAUCCCGAUUAGGGAGAUUGAAUUCGAGACGGUAGAUAGUUAGUAGUUAGUAGUUAGUAGUUAGUUUUUAUUUAUUAGUUCGUAUUUAUAUACAUUAUUUAAUUGACUUCGUUUUCACUUUCAGUAUCGGUAGACUGUCUUCAUGCUUAAAGAAAUUAGCAACAUCUACUUUAGCAUUAAUUAAUGAAACAGUAAUAAAUGAUAUAAUACUUAUAGCAAAAGUUAAUUUAAAUAUUGAAUUAUAACAUUCAUUACCCAAAGUACAUAUAACCCCUCCUUU